CCGGUGGCUGAUGUACGACGGAUUGCAGUGAGGAAGUAAAUGCGAGCUUUGUUUUAAACCCUUCCAGAUGCGUUUUGAGCAAGAGUCAGACCCUCGGGUCAGUCAAAUCGCGAAGUAUUUACGUAACCAAAACAUCUCAUUGUGGGAAGAGCCGUUUUGGCAUAAUGGCGAGACAAACAUUGCUCAGGAACUCGUCGAUUCUAUCGCCACAGCGUGCCAUUUACCUGCCGAGGUGAUUUUGCCUAUAUUAGUGCAGCUGCAGCAGCACGCGCUUGAACGGCUUGAAGAUAGAAAAUUAUACAGCGAGCAGAAGUUGUUAACUAUUCGUGUAAAAAUUGGACGGGUCGAACAUGCGGUGCGUAUGCCGGAAACGCAGUCUAGCUCGAAGCUUUUCGAUGAAGUAGCAGACCUGGCUGAUACCGAAGCUUCUAGGGUACGAUUAGUUCAUCAGGGCAAAAUGCUACCCAAUGAUUCUACGCCCCUAUGUAUGCACAAUGUUAAACAAAAUGCGAAGAUGACAGCAUUAGUGGUGAGCACGGACGUGGAGGCUAAUUUAGCUGAAGAGAUCACCCUGAACCGUCGGAAGAAAGAUGUCGAAGGAACGCGGAAGACUGCGACAAUGGCGGCCGCUAUAGGCCGAUGUGAGAUUACAAAUCAAUUCGGUGUAAAGAUCAACGUUCCGGAAGUCAUUCGGAUGGAACUGACCGCCGGGUUAGCACUCGCAAAUAAAGCAAGAAAUGCUAUCAACAAAAACAAGCCCCAUGACGCCCUUGCUUUUCUACUCGAAGCCGAGACGCUACUGAACGCUGUUCAGGAGCACGCGCCAGAUUUGCUCUCGAGCUCGGGUAAUAUUGCACAACUUCAAUUAGACGUCGUAUGGUGCUUUCUCGAGAUCGGAUCCUUGGCUCAUCUUGAAGAUGCCGAGAAGAGGCUACGCCUGGCUGAAACCGGCUUAAACGAUGUUUAUGGCGCCAACCUAGAAAAGGUACUGAGCGUCAAGGGUAGCGCAACAAAUGAAUUAACGCAGCUAACACGACUUCAGCUUCUCAAAGGGGUGGCCGCUUUCUAUAAGGCCAACUACGGAGAGGCAAAAUGCUUUUUCGAAAAGGCCAACGGGUACUUGAAAAGACUGCACGUGGAUGAAGAUCUCAUAUCGCAGUUAAUUAAUCUGGGCUACACGACACAGGAGGCGCGACUCGCUCUCCGACAGGCAAACAAUAACAUUGAGUUAGCUAUGAAUCUGCUAUUAAACAAGCAAGAACAACGUGAUAAGGAGCAGCGGCGAUGGGAAGAUGAGCAAACAAACAAACAUCUACAGGGCGUCAACCGCGUACUAUACGACAGGCUAUUGUCUGAUCUUGGAGUAACUGCGUAUGUGGCUAGAAAGGCUUUACUUGAAACUGGAAACGAUUAUAGAAGAGCAGAAGCGCUGGCCAUCGAACUGGAAAAUGAUCGACAAGCAAAAAAAAGGCGGCGUGAGGAAACAGCCGAAGAGCAGGAGAGUUCCUUCGCCCCCGCUGCCUCUUCAAGCGGUGGUUGUUCAGUUCCUCAUCCGAAACACGUCGCUGAACUUAUUGCUAUGGGAGAAUCUGAGGAGAGCGCUAAAUACAUCCUGGAAUUCUUUAAGGGUGACUUGGAUGCCGCACAAAAUUUUUUGCUUACCGGGACAGAUUCCCAAGGAUCUCGAUUGAACAAGCUGAUCUCCGACCUAAGAAGAUUCGUUAGUAACGAGACAGAUGACUAUCUCGAUUCAACACUGGAGAAAGAGACGGAGUGUUUCAACACGUUUACGCUUCGGCUAGCUGAAAUCGAAUCCACGUCCAAGGGCGUCCAAUAAUCACAGGCUAGGCGAUAUACUUAAGAUCCUGUACAUGAUUUUCUUUGCUGUGCUUAUUUUUGCUUUUGAUAAAAAGGUCGAAGUUGUAGAUGCAUUUAAUGCCAGAAGUGAUCAGAAACGGCAACACUGAAUGGUUACAAUAUCCACCUAUCGAAAGGCCCAUUAACAAUCUGCAAAUUUGACGAAUAAACAGGUUGUAAGUGCGCGGGCGUCUUUAGCCUUAACAUGUAUGCUCAAAUCGGGAAUUUGGAACAGCUGAGAAUAAUGAGAACACGUAGACGACUAUGACUUGGGUCAAAUUAGAAUUGUAGAUCUUCGAGCUGUUGUUGUUGUCGUCCAUAAAGAGAAUGAAAAGCAAAAACGCCAUAACGAUAACACCGAGCAAAGCCUGUCGCGUUUUUUAAUUAACACGCUUUCGUGAUUCGCCAUUGUCUGACGCUAGUCCAUCGGGUAUCAUAGAUAGUGAGUGCAACGCACUUCGUUGCGGGGCUUGUUUUCAGAGUUCUACCAAGAGUGGCUCUAAUGCUAUUUUACGAUAUCUAAGUUUCUAGUUCGACGAUUACGUAUUAAUUACUUUCUGUGAUGAUGUCACUCAUGUUGUGUGCACCUCUUACAGAUGGACGCGCGUAUUUCUUUAAUGACUUCCGUAGAUGAUGGUAUGCUUAAUUCAUAAUAUGUUGCGUUAUAUUCAUGUUUCAACCGUGUAUUUACGUCACACCUUAUCGUAUCAUUAUGUCUUUUCUUAUUUAACUUAAUUUUCGCAAUGCACAGAAAGAAGUUUGCUGGAGCAUGUGAAUGUGUCGCUCCUGAUGUGAGUUUUUUCGGUUCGGCCAAAUAAUGAUGCAUUCAACUGCAAGGGUAACUACACGGUCGGCUUUUCUGGAGCAGCAAAUGUUCGCCAGAAGUCUGUUGAUACUAAGUGUACGAGAGAAGUUUGCAGUGAUGCCAUAACACGAUGAUAAUAGAAGAUUCCUGUUAUUUGUGUAGAGGUUAUGUGUCAAUCCAGCUGUAAGACCAAUUGGAGUGGAGUGUCUAAGAACGAUCUUCACUUUGCUCAUAAGUAUACAGUGGAGUCUUUAAUGAUUUUGGUAGUCACGCUUGGUGGGGGGAAAUGUGUUUCUGUCUGAGCAGAAGGAUAGUCGGCGAUACACAAACUAAAAAUGUGUAUUUAAUUUUUACGGGGGAGGGGGCAAAAAAAUCAAUUGCAUUCGAAUACGAAUAUAAGACUUUAAUUUAAUGACUGUUUCUGACAGUUGCUGCUUACGCUUUUAUUUAGAUUAAAUUUAUUAUAUAUUUAAACUCCUCUCCUAUUUCAAGUAAGAGAAACUCUAUGUACCAAAAAUGUUUUGACCACACGUGCUUUGCGAUAUGUAUGCUAAGUGAGAAUGAAUCGGAUAAACGUGGAGUAUUAUUGGCCGUUAUUAUAGAUCCCACGUAGGUUGUUUUUUCCAUGAUUAGAUGAUUCUUGGUAUUAAUUUCGCUGGAAUUUAUCUAAGCAAUGCCGUUAUUGUAGGCGAGUUGGGCCCCUUUGGGCUUACCCCUUGGAAUUUACCUGAUUUCAGUAAAUUUUUCUUAAUCUUAUUUUGUGGCACUAGUCGUAAUCAGGCUUUUCCAGUAAGAGAGAACCACCUGUACCGUCUCCAAAAAAAUUGUCACAAUUGU